UUUAUUGUCAUAUAUUAUAUACACAAAAAUAUCAUUCUUUCACAUCUAAAAUCAUCAGCCUUAGCAUGUUGACAUGUUAUCUCAAUCAAUGCCAGUCAAGCACCGACUCUUUUGGCAUUCCAUUAUAUGUAUGUGGGAACUAAACUUAAAAUUCGUUUCCAUAUUUGAACAACUUCGAUAAUCGAAUUAUUAUAUAUUAUCACUGGUCAGUGUUAUAGCUCUCAUUUCCUUUAAAUUACCCGGCCAUAUUACAAUUAAACACUAAAAUUGAGGGUUUUAUUAGAAACGCUUAUAUCACUUUCCUACCUAUUUCAAACGAAUCAUUAUUGUUAAUUUAAAAGUAAAUGUGUUUUAAUAUGCAACAUUAAAUUUGCUGUCGCUCGAUAAGCUUUUUGAAAGCUAUUUAAGCUCAAAGUUUCUAAAAUUGUGCAUAAACAUGAAUUGCAAUUGGAUAUUAUUUUAUUUCAUGCUUUUGCUUUCAAUUUUUAAAAUUGACAGUACUUCAAAUAAGUUAAAUAGCUGCGAUACGACCAAGCAUACAAAACUCUUAGGCAGCUGUUGUAAUGUACCCAGAAACGAUCAAUACAGCAAAGCUUGUCGCCAAUCGCUGCUGAGUAAGGCCAAUCGUACCACAAAUAAUGCCGAUACGCGAAAUUUAAAGUCGGAUAAAGUUGCCUUGCAUGCAUGUAUGGCAGAGUGCGUUUUUAAAAAGAACGGCUUUCUUUACUCCAAUGGCACUGUUAACCUCUCUGUUAUGCAAAGGAGCCUCGAACAGCGCUACAAAAAGGAUGCUGCUUUAGCGAAACUUGUUGCCAAGAGCUUGAAUAGCUGCGCAGAUUACGCUAAGACCCGCACAAAGCAAUUCGAAUGGCUGCACGCAAAGGACAAUUGUGAUUAUUAUCCAGCUACUUUGUUGGCAUGCAUAAUGGAGCAAGUGUACCAAAAUUGUCCAGCUUCUUUGUGGAAAAAUACGGAGGACUGUGCGGCUAUGAAGAAGUUCCUGAUUGCCUGCGAUGACGUAAAAAAGACCAGAAAGUAAAUUGUUUAUUUUACGUAGAUCAGCAAUUUAAAUUAGUAGAUCCCUCAAUAUAUUCGGAAAUCAUUAAAAAGAAUAUAAAA